CCCCCCCCGGCCUCACCGGCACCGUGGAAGUUCAGUGUGAGGAGGAGGAGCAGGGCCCCGCCCACACAGGUGCCGCGGCUCAGGUGAGGCUGGGCCGCCCGGGCGCCCCCCCCCAGCAUGAGGCGCCCCCUACCCAGCAGCCCCUGCGGCCGGGGGGGGGGGGCGGCCCCGGGGCCCCCCCGCCCCACCCCCACCCCCCGCUGCACCCCCAGGCCCCCUCGGGCAGGAUGACCGGCUCCAGCCCCGUCUCCCCCUCCUCAUCCUCGGGGGGCAGCCCCUCCCCCCCCGGGGGACCCCCGGGACCCCCCGAACCGCUGCGGCCGGGGAUGGCCGAGCAGGCCAAGCACGAGGCGGAGGUGGAGCACCGCGUGGCCGAGAUGAAGCGGGAGGGGUUCUGGUCUCUGCGGCGGCUGCCGAAGGUUCCGGAGCCGGCGCGGCCGAAGGUGCACUGGGAUUACCUGUGCGAGGAGAUGCAGUGGCUGGCCGCCGACUUCGCCCAGGAGCGCCGCUGGAAGAGGGGCGUGGCCCGCAAGGUGGUGCGGAUGGUGAUGCGGCACCACGAGGAGCAGCGCCAGCGCCAGGAACGCGCCAAGCGGGAGGAACAGGCCAAGCUGCGCCGCGUGGCCGCCGCCAUCGCCCGCGAGGUGCGCCACUUCUGGAGCAGCGUCGAGAAGGUGGUGCAGUUCAAGCAGCAGUCCCGGCUCGAGGAGCGCCGGAAGAAGGCCCUGGACCUGCACCUGGACUUCAUCGUGGGGCAGACGGAGCGGUACUCGCACCUGCUGAGCCGCAGCCUCAAUGCCACGCCCCGGCCACGCCCACAGCUCACCUGUGCAGCCUCAUCCGAGAGCCCUCCCCGACCUUUGGGUGACCUCCUGGGGACCCUCCCCCCACAGGUGCUGGGCCGGGCCCCUCCCCCCCCCUGGGGCCCGCGGGAGGAGGAUGAAGAGUUCGAGGCUGAGGAGGAGGAGGGUGAGGACGAGGAGGACACGAUCGCGGCUCAGGAGCGCCUCGAGGGCGACGUCGACCACCAGCAGGAGCUGGACGACCUGGCCAGGGAGGGUGCGCUGCCCAUGGAGGAGCUGCUGCAGCGUUACCGCGGCGCCUUCACCGACUCCGACUGCGACUCCGCCCCCGGCGCCAGCAGCACCCGCUCAGACUCACCUGGCGGCGACACCGAGGAGGAGGAGGAGGAGGAAGAGGAGGAGGAGGAGGAGGACGAGGCCGAAGAGGAGGAGGAGGAGGAGGAGGGGGGGGAGGGGCCGGCAGGUGAGCCCCGGGGGGGCGCGGCCCCGCCCGCACCUGCCCAGGUGAGCCCCGCCCCGGCCCCGCCCCCCGGCCCCGCCCCCAAGAAGGAGAUCAGCGACAUCGCGGCGGCGGCCGAGAGCCUCCAGCCCAAGGGGUACACCUUGGCCACCACACAGGUGAAGACACCGAUCCCGCACCUGCUGCGCGGCACGCUGCGCGAGUACCAGCACAUCGGGCUGGACUGGCUGGUCACCAUGUACGAGAAGAAGCUGAACGGGAUCCUCGCCGACGAGAUGGGGCUGGGCAAGACCAUCCAGACCAUCUCCCUGCUGGCGCACCUGGCCUGCGAGAAAGGUAGCUGGGGCCCGCACCUGAUCAUCGUGCCCACCUCGGUGAUGCUGAACUGGGAGAUGGAGCUCAAGCGCUGGUGCCCCGGCUUCAAAAUCCUCACCUACUACGGGGCGCAGAAGGAGCGGCGCCUCAAGAGACAGGGCUGGACCAAGCCCAACGCGUUCCACGUGUGCAUCACCUCCUACAAGCUGGUGCUGCAGGACCACCAGGCGUUCCGCAGGAAGAACUGGAAGUACCUGAUCCUGGACGAGGCGCAGAACAUCAAAAACUUCAAAUCGCAGCGCUGGCAGUCCCUGCUCAACUUCAACAGCCAGCGGCGGCUGCUGCUGACAGGUACGCCGCUGCAGAACUCGCUGAUGGAGCUCUGGUCGCUGAUGCACUUCCUGAUGCCGAGCGUCUUCCAGUCCCACCGCGAGUUCCGCGAGUGGUUCCACAACCCCCUGACCGGCAUGAUCGAGGGCAGCCAGGAGUAUAACGAGAGCCUGGUGAAACGGCUCCACAAGGUGCUGCGGCCGUUCCUGCUGCGCCGGCUGAAGGUGGACGUGGAGAAGCAGAUGCCCAAGAAGUACGAGCACGUGCUCAGGUGCCGCCUGUCCAAGCGCCAGCGCUUCCUCUACGACGACUUCAUGGGCCAGGCCAGCACCAAGGCCACCUUGGCCAGCGGCCACUUCAUGAGCGUCAUCAACGUGCUGAUGCAGCUGCGGAAGGUGUGCAACCACCCCGACCUGUUCGAGCCCCGCCCCGUCACCUCCCCCCUCGUCACACCUGGCCUGAGCCUCGGCGCACCUGCGCUGGUCCUGCGGGCGCUGGAGCCACACCCCUUCCAGCAGGUGGACCUGUCCCCGUUCCAGCUGCUGGCGCUGGAGUCUCACCUGUCGCGCUACGCGGCCGAUCGGUUCCUGCCGCGCUUCCGCCUGACGCGGCGCCUCCUGUGGGACGUGGCGGCCGCGCCCGAACCGCCCCCGCGCCCCAAACCCGUCCGCAUGAAGGUCAACAGGAUGCUGCAGCCGGUGCCGAAGGCGGAGCCUCGGGCUGUUCUCCUCCUCCCCGCCCCCCGCCCCGCCCCGGGGGGCGUGGCCUCACCUGGCCCCGCCCCCUCCGCGCCAAGCCCCGCCCCCUCCGCGCCGGGCCCCGCCCCCCUGCUGGUGGCCCCGCCCCUGGUGACGAUUGGCCACGCCCCGACCACGCCCACCGCGCAGGGCCCCGCCCCCUUGGUGACGUCACAGGGGGCGGGGCUGAACCUGGGGCUGGCGCUGGCCCCGCCCCGGGCCACGCCCACUCUGCUGGCCACGCCCACCGCGGGCACCGCCCACGCCGCCGCCUUGGCCACGCCCACCCCGGUGGUUGGCCCCGCCCCCUCGGCCACGCCCACCCCAAAUUUGGGGAAGGGGGCGGGGCCAGCGCCGGCCCCGCCCGUCGCCGCCUUCGCGCUGCCCCAGCGGCUCCUGCUGGCCCCGGACAUGCAGGCCCGGCUGCCCUCGGGCGAGCUCGUCAGCCUGGGCGCUCUGGCCGCGCUGGCCCCGCCCCGCCCCGCCCCCCCCGCCGCGGGGGGCGUGGCCAAACCCGCGGGGCCCCUCCCCCCUCCGGCCCCGCCCCCCGCGCAGGCCCCGCCCCCUCUGACGUUGCAGCUGCAGGGCGGGAAAGUGACGCUCGGCCCCGCCCCCCCAUUACGUCACCUGGCGCUGGCCCCGCCCCCCGCGCGCGGAUUGGCCCGUCACGUGGUGCACCUGGUGGCCGCGGGGGGGCAGCACCUGCUGGCCCCGCCCACCCAGCUGGCCCUGCUGGCGCCCCUGGGAGCCCCCGCGGCGGGGGGCGGGGCCGGGGGCGGGGCCGGGGGCGGGGCCGGGGUGGCCACGCCCCCUCCGCCCCCCGCGGGGCUCGGGCUCCCCCUGGCGGCGGCGCAAGUUCCGGCGCCGCUGGUGAACAGCGGGGGAGGGGUGGUGAAGAUCGUGGUGCGCCAGGGGCCCCCCCCCGCCCCUCCCCCACCCCCCGGCCCCUCCCCCCAGCCCCGCCCCCCCCUCCUGCGGGUGCUGCCCGCCGCCCCUCCCCCACCCCCGCCCGGCCCCGCCCCCACCCCGGGACCGCCCCCGGGCGGGGCCAACGCCACGGAGACAGUGCCUCAAAAUGGCCUCAAAAAUGCCCCAAAUUGGCCUCCAAAAAUGCCCCAAAAUGGCCUCCAAAAAUUACCGAAAUUUGCCCCAAAAAUCACCAAAAAUGCCUCAAAAUUGCCGCCCCUCCCCCCUCCCGCUCAGGCCCCGCCCCCUCCGCCUUUGGCCACGCCCCUUUCCCGCGAGGAACCGGAAGCGACGGGGGCGGGGCUUAGCCCGUCUUUGACCACGCCCACCGGUGCACAAGCCACGCCCACCGUUGCUCAAGCCACGCCCAUUUCGGCUCAAGCCACGCCCCCUCCGGCUCAGGCCCCGCCCCUUUCCCCGCGGCCCCUCCCCCCCCGCCGGCAGCCGCCGCCCCCCCCGCGCUCCCCCUUCUACCUGGAAUCCCUGGAAUCCCGUCGCUCCCGGGGCCGCGCGGAGCGUCUGGAGCGGCUCCUGCGGCUGAACGAGCUUCGCUGCGGCCUCAGCCCCGUCUACGGCCGGGAGGUUUUGGGGUUCCUGACGCUGCCCCCCAGAACCUUCCAGCCCCCGGGGGGCGCCCUGGAGCGCGCCGUGCUGCCGCCCCCCCUGCGCAGACAGCAGAUGCAGCCCCUGCUCGACAGGUUCCAGGUGGCCGUGCCGGCGGUGGCCUCGCGGGGGGUGUCCCUUCACAGCGGCCGUCCCCCCCCGUGGGCGCAGCGGCAGCGGCAGCGCUUGGAGCAGCGGCUGCGGGAGGAGCUGCGGGCACGGGGGGCACUGCCCGGCCCGGGGCUGCAGAGCCACUUCCCCGACCCACGGCUGGUGCAGUACGACUGCGGUAAGCUGCAGGCGCUGGACGCGCUGCUGCGGCGGCUGCGGGCCGGGGGGCACCGGGUGCUGAUCUUCACGCAGAUGACGCGGAUGUUGGACGUGCUGGAGCGGUUCCUCACCUUCCACGGCCACAUCUACCUGCGGCUGGACGGCUCCACCCGCGUGGAGCAGAGACAGGCGCUGAUGGAGCGCUUCAACGCCGACAAGCGAAUCUUCUGCUUCAUCCUCUCGACGCGCUCGGGCGGCGUCGGCGUCAACCUGGCGGGCGCCGACACCGUCGUCUUCUACGACUCCGACUGGAACCCCACCAUGGACGCGCAGGCCCAGGACAGGUGCCACCGCAUCGGCCAGACCCGCGACGUCCACAUCUACAGGUUGAUCAGCGAGCGCACGGUGGAGGAGAACAUUCUCCGCAAGGCCAACCAGAAGCGCCUCCUGGGGGAUUUGGCCAUCGAGGGCGGCAACUUCACCACGGCCUACUUCAAACAGCAAACCAUCCGGGAGCUGUUCGAGAUGGCGCCUGAGGAGCCACCGGACAGGGACAGGGAUGGACCCAACGAGGACGACGAGGACCCCGCGGCCACCCGCAGGACGCACAUCCUGGAGCAGGCUCUGUGCGGGGCCGAGGACCCCGAGGACAUCCGGGCGGCGUCGCAGGCUCAGGCCGAGCACGUGGCGGCUCUGGCCGAGUUCAGCGAGUCGCUGAGCCCCGAGGACGGCGCCGGCCCCGAGGGCCCCGAGGAGGAGCUGAGUAAGGCCGAGCAGGAGAUCGCCGCCCUGGUGGAGCAGCUGACCCCCAUCGAGCGCUACGCCAUGAACUUCCUGGAGGCGUCGCUGGAGGACGUCAGCCGGGAGGAGCUGAAGCAGGCCGAGGAGCAGGUCGAGGCCGCCCGCAAGGACAUCGACCAGGCCAAGGGGGGCGGGGGGCGCUUCCGGCCCCGCCCCGGCCCCGCCCCCAUGGGGGAGGAGCCAAUGGAGGGGGCGGAGCCUCGAGGGGGCGUGGCCACCUCCAAUGUGGGCGUGGCCACCUCCAAAAUGGGCGUGGCUACCUCCAAUAUGGGCGUGGCCUCAUCCACAAUGGGCGUGGUCAAUGCGGAAGUGGGCGUGGCCACUGCUGAAGUAGGCGUGGCUGACACAGGGGGCGUGGCCCAAUCAGAAGGGGGCGUGGCCAUGUCGGAGGGGGCGGAGCCUCACUCGGAACGAGGGGCGGGGCCCCGAAAACCGCGCCGGGUUCGUGCCCCGCCCCGCCCCUCCCCCACCGCGGGGACGCGGGUCAGCCAACGCCUGCGGGCCGUGACGUCAUCGGUGACGUCAUCGGUGACGUCAUCGGUGACGUCAUCGGUGACGUCAUCGGAAGUGCCGACGCAAUCGGCCGCGUCGCCGCCCCCCGUGACGUCAUCGCCGCCGCCCCCCGCCGCGGCCACGCCCCCUCCGUCCCCGCCCCCCGUGACGUCAUCGCCGCCCCCCGUGACGUCAUCGCCGCCCCCCGUGACGUCAUCACCACCGCCCGCUAUGACGUCAUCGCCGCCUCGCUCUGCGCCGUCAUCACCGCCACUUCCUGUGACGUCACAGGGGGCGGAGCUUGACGAGCCAAGCCCCUCCCCCCAACUUCCGGUUGAAGCCCCGCCCCCUCCCCCGGCCCCGCCCCCCCCGCGGCGCCGCCGCAGCGCCGACGUGGAGAUCCGGCAGAGCCGCGGCGCCGGCCCGGCCGCCAAAGUGCUGCGGACGCUGCCCGGCCGAUUGGUCACCGUGCUGGAGGCCCCGCCCCCCGGCCACGCCCCUUCGCGACGCCGCGCUCGGCCACGCCCACCCCCUCCCCCACCUUCCUCCCCAUCCCCCUCCUCCCGCUCCUCCUCCUCGCCCGCCCCUCCCCCGCCGAAGCGACGCCGCGGUCGCCCGCCGAAGCCACGCCCACUUCCGGUUGGGGGCGGGGCUCGGCCGCGUCGGCGGCGCCGCCAUUUUGUCGCGGCGGCGUCGCGGCGAAACGCCCGCGGGCGGCGGCGGCGGCGGCGGCCACGCCCAGGCCACGCCCCUUCCGGUGAUGAUCCCGGAUCCGCCUCCCCUCCCCCGCCCCGGAAGCGCCGUCGGGGUCGCCCGCCCAAAAUGGCGUCGCCGGAGCGCGAUGGCGAAGAGGGGGAGGGGUCGCCCAUCCCCCCGCCCCGUUCCACCCGCGCCCGUCCCGGUGACGCCCCCUUAGCCCCGCCCCUUCAGCGCGAACCGCGGCGCAGGCCACGCCCACAAGAUGGCCGCCAGGAGGAUGUCGCCCCGCCCCCACAUAAGCGGCGUAAAAUGGGGGGUGGGGUUGAUGGUGGCCCCGCCCCUAAAAGGAGGAAAAGGGGGCGUGGCUCCUCUGAGGCCCCGCCCCGCCGCACGCAGCCCCCUCGGAGGUGCGCGGUGACCCCCGUGCAAAGUGGGGGAGGGGCGGCCCCGCAGGACCCCCCCGCUGGGGUGGGGGUGGGGGGGAGGGGGAGGAAGGGGAAGACGUGA